AAAUGAAGAAAUGCUUCUGAAACACCAGCAGCACCUGCAGAGACAAAGAGAUGCCAUCGCCUACAGGAUGAAGAAGCUGGCAGCUAAGCAAGUGGAGAUAACAAAAAAGACGAACGCAAUAAAGGAGAAAAUCAGUAAAAAGUAUGAGGACAUGAAGAGGGUUCUGGAUGAGGAUCUCCGGAUCACGCUGACCCACCUGGACACAGAGCACGCAGCCACAACGAAGUUUGUGGAGGAGAGGAUAGAGGACUGCUACCACCUCACUCAGGAACUGGACCAGGAACUGUCCAACAGUGGUGCCCAGAAUGCCGUAACAGAAAAAAGAAUUUCUGAGACCCUGAAGUUGACUGACCCUGACCUGAUUCAGAUGGAUGAUUUCAAGAGCGAGCAACUACUGAGUCUUACCAUCAACUUGCUGCUCUUCAUCAGGUCCCAGGUCCCUGUCACCAAGAAACUGUUACAGAGCUAUGCCGCAGAUGUUGUCCUUGACGCCGACACUGCCCACCCCAAACUGAUCAUCUCUCCCAAAGGCAACUCAGCCACCUAUACUGACACCUGGCAGGAUGUCCCGGAGACUCCCUCCCGCUUUGACACCACCUUAAAUGUAAUCAGCCAGCAAGGCUUCAGCGAAGGCCGCAAUUACUGGGAGGUGGAGGUGAAAGGGAAAACGUACUGGGAGUUGGGGCUCACCCACCCGAGCAUCCCACGCAAGGGACGCGAGGAAGACUCCUGGCUGGGCCGAGGCAAAGAGUCUUGGUGUGUGGAACACUUUAAUGGAGACUACACAGCCUGGCAUGGUGGUGUGCAGCAUGAGCUGCCUCUGCUGGCAGGAAAACAGUUCACUCGCAUCGGGGUGUACUGCAGCUUCCCUGGGGGUUUGGUGUGCUUUCUAGGAGCUGAUACUAUGACCCCCCUCCACUGCUUCUGCGCUGGGACCUUCACCAACACCCUACAUCAAGCAUUAUGUCCUGGUCAUGAGAACGAAGGCACAAACUGGAAUCCCCUUAAGAUCUGUGAUGUGUCCCGAUCAGCUCCUACUCUCUGAGGUGGAGCAGAAUUACUCAGUGCAUGUGUUGCACAUGCAUAUCAGCUGCCUGAUCUGACAUUCUUAACUUGUGACACAACAUCAGCUCUAGAUACUGUAAGUCAGGCUAGUCUAAACGUGCCUAAAGGAAUUUUUAAAGCAUAUCUCUGUUUUAGAUUCUCGGGUCAUGUUGUUCACUUCCAGUCACUCGUGUUUUCUUUAUAGGUGACACACACUCUGUGACGUUAGAGCUGUUCUUCACCCUGUUUAUUUCCAAAAGCUUAUUGUAAAUGCUUUGACCUGAACCGGAAUACCCAGAUGAGGAAUUGCCAAAGACAGAAGUUGACAGGGCAUAGAUAAAGUCUUUAGGUAAGAAUUAAUAAUAUAUAACCUUUAAUUUGGUAAAGAUAGAUCUGCUUUUUAACAUUAAUCAAGUAGAUAAUCAGAGGGUGGCGAUGGUCCAACAGAUAAGACCAUGCCUUUGGUGUGAGAGACCUGGGUUCAAUCCCCCACUGUGACCCACCCACCAUUGUGUCUCUGAGCAAGACACUUAACCCCUAGUUGCUCCAGAUGUAUGCGACCUCUAACAUGUAUAGCAUAGUAAGUCGCUUUGGAUAAAAGCGUCCAAAUUGACCAAAUUGAACUUAGGAAGGAUAAUGCUGGUGAUAUUCUAUAUUUUUCUUAUUGUCAGCAAAUCCAUUGAAAAUACUCAAUACUUUUAAACUCCCCUAUGGCUCUUAGACCCAAGCCCACUUGUUCCUACUAAAGAUGUCAAUCACACAUUUAUCAUUUUAUUUAAAAAAGGACUGAGUACUAAAACAGCUGGGCACUGCAGUUUUUGUCAAAUGUUACUCAAACAAUAAAUAAAUACAAAAUUUUUGGGGACUAUUUUCAGCUGUGGAGUAAUACACAUUUGGUGCUCUAGUACUUAUGAAAGCACGAUGGUGAGUUUGACUCAAAACAAACUACAGUGCCCAUAUUUAUCACAAUGAAGCAAUAACUUACUCUACUACUGCGCAAUAGUGUGGUGUAUUUUAGACAAAAAUAUAGAUCUAUUGCAUGAAGAAUGAGUUAUAUCAGGGUUUGGCUACACAGACAUACUUGUAAGAUCAACUCAUUGUUGGUUUUGGUUGGUAUAAGUGAUAUUUGUUAAUAAUAAGACAAAUAUAGCAAAUCGCCAACCUUAUCCUUUAAGUGUUAACAGAAAGCUGAAAAUGUUUUAUGUCUAUUAGAAGUAUUGAUUGCUAAAGAAAAUAAAUCUAACUUUGGGACAUAUUUCACAAAAAUCCAGAAUGAGAAUUUUGCACCUUCAAUUUGUUCACGUGACAUUGUGUAUUAUUUACCAUGUUACAAACAUCUUCCUUGUUUUAAAAAACAAAAAUAGCCAUCCUCUAAUGUGGUCUGUGCUUACAGAUGUGCAAACAAAUGACACACAACUCAUUACACAAUGAAUUAUUCAUGUUUAAUACAAUAAAAUGUUUACAUAAGCA